ACAUCAGUGGCAGCAAUGAGGCUCCAACAUAUAACAGGAUCUUCCUUCCAUGUAACCGGAUCUGGGAAUGCUUCAUUCACAGGAGGACAUGAUGGCUGCCAUCCCUGGGCUCCCCACUAUGCAUUUGAAACUUCAAGGUUUCUUUCCAUGUCCUGAAAUGGGAUCUGUCAGCUCCUGAGCUUUAAUGUAAAUCUCACUCUCUGUGUUGAAAGCACUGUGUAGGUUACUUGGUUUGGGCUUUCCCCAGUGUGCGUAUUUGACUGGAGGGCUCACAGAGUUAAUCUGUAAGUGUGGUACUGCAGAUGCUUGGAACUCCACCCCACACUUUAGGCCAAGCGGGAGGGAGAGACAGGAGGAAGAGAGUCAGGGUGACAGUCCUGUUGUGGGACCCCCAGAAAUAGGGGCUGGGAGUCCCUGAGUGAUGAUCAACAUGGGGGAAGUGCAGUGGGGGCAUUUGAGAGGUGAGGAAAAUGGGAAUGAUGGAGGAGCAUACGUCUUUGGGAAAAGGAGACUAGCAGGUGGAAACACCCCAGGGCAAGAGGAACAGCAAUGCCUUUGCAGCAGGGAGGUGGUUUGGGGAUAAGUAUCCUGACAGAGCACUGGAUGUUUUGUGGGGAUCCUCUGCCUACAUGCAUGUCCUCAGCCCCACCAGCUCACAAGACAAAGUAUCUUCUCAGCCCUAGAUCCUACACUUGCACUUCUGAGAGUUGCCUACUGGGAACAGUGAGGAUUUCAGGUGCCUUCUCCUUGCUAGGUCUUUCCACUGUGGAGCUCAGAUGUGGACUGGAGUGAGCCUUGGCUUUAAUUUUCCCCUCUGCUGUGGGUCAUGGCACUGCAUCACAGCUUUCCAUCCCUUCCAGCUGCCCUGCUGCUGGACACUUGUCUCUCCAACUCCCAUGUCUGCAUCCCAGCCCUGGUCCUCACCUGGGGUGUGUGAGAGGCAGAGGGUCAGCUAAAGUGGGAUAUGGAGAGAUGUCCUGCUGUUGGACCCAGCUCCCCCAGCAGGUACGAGCAGGGUGAGCGCAGCCUGCUCACGGCAAGCAGCGAGGCAGAGGGUGCUGAGCUGUCUGUGCCAUUUGUGGCUCAGGGCUGCGCUGAGAGAGAGAAGUGCUUGGCGUGCCCCCACUUGACUGGGGAUUUUUAUUUUGAGUAAGAUGGAGUGGGAAUAACUGAGCCACAGGCACAAGAAUGGCUGGCCUCUUACAGCUCCUCAGUGCAUCCCACAGCUUUCUGGCAGCCAUUCCUGCUGGCAUGGCACAGGGGUGAGGGACCAAGGGCCUGGGCACACUGGCUGGAUGGGGAAGUGAAACCAUGGCAGGUGUGGAACUUGUGGGCAGUGACCAGUAUUUGGUUGGGACUUUGGAUUGCCUGGAGCCCUGCAGUGCCCACAGUGGGGCUGAGACUAUGUUGGGGCUGCUUUGACAUUGCUGUGAUGCAAACUAUCCUCUAGGAAUGUUGCUGGCAAGGAGGGAGAUGUGCUGUAGGGCAGCUCCUCCCCUGCAGGGCAUAGGGUACCAAAGAACUAACUGUACUUGGGCUGAGGUCUAGCAUGGGGAGCUGGUGACUGCAUCCUACUGAGGACUUCAGGAGGUGGGAUGUGGAGCCUGUGGGCUCAGCUUGCCCAACAGUCACUGGUGAGGGGCAGGCACAUUUAGGGACCAAGUCCUCAGGCCUGUAUCAGAGGACCACAGCUGCCUAGUGGGGGCACCUGGUACUCUGUCAGCUUGAGCCAGAGAACCCUUUGGAUUUUUUUGUCCUCCCCUCCCAGCCUUGAUCCAGGACAGUGGGCAGUAGAGGCUUCCCUAGAAGGAGUCCAGAUGCUGUAGCUGCUGGAAGGACAUGACUCCAGCAGUAAAGUCCUAUUAGGGAUCUCCUGGGUAGGGCAGGUCACUGAGGGAAGUGUUGCUUCCCUCAGCUGAGAGCCAGCCAACAACUGUGGCUGUCCCCUUUCUUUCCUAUGGAGUGAAGAGAAAGAGGAUGGGACUUUUGUUCAGUAGGAAGGGAAGAAAUCCACCUACAGCACUGAAAUACAUCUCUUCAGGUCUCAAGCAUCAGGCAUUGAUGGGUGGGUAUUGGUGGCAGAACAUUUCUCCUGCUCCUGAUCAGGAAUGCUUAAGACUAUUAAAGGGUUUUCUAAGUCCUUUCCAAUGGUUGAGGACCAGGCUUGCUUGGUGUGACCUGCUUUGCCCAUGCCCUGCACAUUUACUGAGCAGAACCAGAUCUGAACCCUGGAGAAUGAGAGAUGGUGCUGAGGAGCCACAGGUCCAGGUCUGUGUUGGACAGGAUGCAGAGCAAGGUGACGGAGAGCACUGUCAGUAGGGGUGAAGAACAUACAGCAGUUGGCCUGCUUGCAGAGCAGUCACUGGCAGGACGUGUCCUUGGACCAGUGGGAGCUUUUAAAAGGGGAAACAUCAGUACCCUUUCACUCUUUUCUCCUCUUGUCCUUUGUAUUUUCAAUCCAAGCCGGAUCUGUGCCCCUGGGAUUGAGUCUUGUAAAGAUCUGUGUGCAGGAAAGUCUCCUGUAGACACUGGAGGAGGCCGAGGGGGCUUUUCAGUGUAGGCAAAGGAAGGAGCAGACUGGGGGACAUGCCUGGGCUGGGGGCAACAUGCAGGUGGGCAGGGGAGGAGUGAGGAUCCAGGAGGUCAGGCUGGGACACAGUACCGCUGCGUACGAGGUGCUGCGUGGCUGAGGCACACGAGGGGCUGCGGGGAUUUCGGAAGCAUAUUUCGGAGGAGAGGGGUAGUUUGAGGGCACAUUGCAAAGGCAGGCAGGGGUAGGGCUUGGUCUCUUGCUCUCCUCCUCCCUGGUGAAGAUCCGCCCCAGGCCAAGCACAGCGAUUGUGAGCCCCAAGGGAGACGACGCAGCUUGACAGACUGUAUCUCCCUCUGCCACGGGGCCUGGGGCGCUGCGAUUUCACACUCCGGCGGCCCCGUCACUGCUAUGCCAGGCAAGAGCUGGGCUCUCACUCCCACUCUGCCAUGUCCUCAUCAGGAAAAGCUGCCAUUGCCCCCUCCUGCCUCUCCUUCGAGUGCUUCGACACCCUGACCAAGUCGUGCAUCAAGUGCUCCGACCUGUUCAAGGACAACACAACCCCCAGGCCAGCCAGCCAGGUGAAAAAUGCUGCUGCACUCCGUCCUCCUUCAACUCUCCCCCCAGUCCUGACACUACUGGCAUCUCACCCCACAGCAGAGCCUACCCUGGCACCCACCCUGACCAGCACCCUCCUGACCUUCGGAGUCCCGGUGGUGGUGGGGUUCAUCCUGGUUCUGGCUGCCCUCUGUGGCUUCCUGGCCUGCAAGAUGGGAAAGCGGAGGAGAACAAGGAAGACAGCAGAUGAAGAGGACAAAGAAAACACAGACAUCGCCAGCCCCCUGCCUAGCCAGGACCCUGCCAUGCCAGAGGGAGAUGGUGCCCUGAGCCAAACUCCGUGCCUGUGUCUUGAUGAGAGCCUGAAGAUGCCAGGACCACCCAGGAAAGCCAAGGCAAAGCAGAGGCCAUGCUGCCAGGGCAGUGCUGACGGUGACAUUGUUCUGCUCUCCGCCGUGUACCCCCGGCCUGAGGAAUGCAACCACAGCUUCCCACUGCCCGCCACUGAGCUGGGGGCCACAGCACUGGUCACCACCAAAACCACCCAGAACUGUGCCAGAGAGGAGAGAGUCUGAGGGCAAGGGGAAUGGGGCUGGAGUGCUCUGGCCAACCCUUGUGGACAGUGACAGCCUGUUCCUGGGACAAGCAAAGCCUUCCGUGGGUAUGAGCUGUGUGAGAACCAGGCUUUGCCUUUAGCAAGAUCAGUCUUUUAAGAUGACUGUCCUUUUUGUGCUGAGUCCCAAGUUACACCUGUAAAUGCUGGAGGAAGCCAAAGUGGAUCAUGCUGAGUUACAAUGAACUGUUGACAGCUGCCAUGGCUGAACCAUUGGGAGGAGGCAGAGGAGACACAACUGGUGAGGGUGGAAUGUGGCAGGGACUGCUGUGCCAUUUGCAAGGCAGCUGUUGUGCCUGGACAGGUCUCACGCUGGAUGGGCAAUUGCUCUGGAACACCAGAAACUGUAGGGGGAAAGAAAGCAGGGAGUUACUUUAGGACCAAAUCCCACACAGCACCAGCUUGAUUUUUGCUACUGACCUCAAUAAAAGGAGACUUGAGGCCAUAUGAAGCAAGGCACAUCCAACAUCUA